UUUGUUGGAGGUAUAUAUAUAUAUAUUUCUAAAAUUCACCAAAAUUAUAAAUGAAUUGAACUUAAACCUUCAACAACAGAGAAAGAUUCAACAACUAUGGAGACCUCAAAGUAUUCAAAUUCAGAUUCCGUCGCGAUAAAUACAGAAAAAUUAGGAACAAAAUCUGUUGUUACAUCUGAAAAUCAAUUGGAAAUACCUUUGUUAGAAGAUUUACAAGUUGUUGAUAAACCACAGAAAACAGCAGCCCAAAAAGUCAUUAGAAAAACAUUCAAAAAAACAGCCAUUUUAUCAAAUCUUUUGCCUUCAGGUUCUGUUCUUGCAUUCCAAAUAUUAUCACCAGUUAUAACACAUGAAGGACAAUGUCAUUCCACAAUUAGUCAUUCUAUGACAUUAAUCCUUUUAGGAAUUUGCGCGAUUUCAUGUUUUUUCCUCUGUUUUACAGACAGUUUUCGCGAUGAAAGAGGCAAAGUCCGUUAUGGAUUGGCUACAUUCAGGGGUUUAUGGAUUAUUGAUGGUUCAUCUCCUCCUGAGGAUGUAGAAAAAUAUAAGCUGAAAUUCAUUGAUUUCUUUCAUGCAUUUUUGUCAAUACUUGUUUUUUGUGCUGUCGCGGCGUUUGAUCAGAAUGUGAUGAAAUGUUUGUACCCUUCUCCGUCUCUGGAUGCUCAGGAGAUCCUCGCGAUAUUGCCAAUGGUUGUUGGGGUGAUUUGCACGUUUUUGUUCGUUGUUUUUCCAACAACUCGUCAUGGAAUUGGAUUCCCUCUUUCCCGUUGUUAAGACGCGUAAAUAUUUCCUUUUCUCCUACACAAUGCCUCGUUUACUCGAUUGAAAGGAUUUACAAGAGUCGAUACUCAUCAUCAUGUUUUCAGAUUGGAGAGGCAUCCUGAAUUCAACCGCUGCACACAAGAUCUAAAAUGAGUCUCUGAAGCAAAAAAAGUUGUUACAUGAUUCUUCAAAUUGUAAUUUGCUCAUCUAUUCUCUCAAAAUUGCAUCUUUCUUUGUAUAAACGAGGUCAAAAGUUCAAGAACACUCAUGUUCAACAUUGUUUUUGUGUUGUUUGUACAAAUGGUCUCAUAUUUUUUAAAAAAUGGGCUUCAAAAUGAACUAAACUACAGAAAUGGUUAUACUCUCCUUUGUUUUGUCUAUUUGUUUAUGCACAGUCAAGGUUAUGGCCUAGUGUGAUAAUUGAUAUAGUGGG